AUGCUGUCCAGACUCAAGAACCUAACGGAGACGGGCGAUGCUACCGACUCCAAGCCUGGCAGCCAUGGCCAGGAAGAGUCCCUCGCCACCGUGCUCCCCACGCGCGAGGAUAGGACGAACCUGCUGCUUCUCGUCGCGGACUUGAUGGAGGGCAUGCGGGCACAGAUUCUCGACGCCUUUGACCCGAACGAAGAGAAGAAGGAUGUGCCAGCAGACGAGGACGUGGCGGCGCCUGAAGCCUCUAGUACGGAUGCAGAGACAGAACGGAAGAGAGAGGAGAAGCAACGAAAAGCACUGGAAAACCGCACCAAGGACCUCUCUAAACCAGAGAACAUGGAGCUGAAGGACGCUGCCCUCGGUCAUUUUGAUAGCUGGCGAGACAAGGUCAUGCAGAGAGUCGGCGAGGCCGUCAACCAGCGAGGAGAGGAGGAUCGUGGGGGCGCCGCCAAGCCAGAGCAGAAGUCACGCCCAACGAGUCGUGAACAGCCAGUCGCAGAGAAGAGCGAUGGGAAAGUGCACCUUCAGCAGAUCUUUCCGCCGCUGGAGACACCUCUCGGUGCCCUGAGCGAGGCUCGGCGGAUCCUCAUCAUGCACUCGAUCCUCCUCUUGCUGUUGGGGCUGGAGUCAUAUCCGGCAGAGUCUCGGGUGUUGAUGCUGCGCCUGACAAGCUCCCUCGGACUUUCAGUAGACAUGUUGGCCCAGGACGAGAUGUCCACUGCCAAGGGCCUCCUCGAGGUGGCCAAGCAGCAGAUGAACGCCGACGAAGAGACCAAAAAUAAGGCAGCUGAGAACUCGACAGCAAGGAAGUGGAAGGUCGGCCUCGGCGCCGUGGCUGGAGCGGUUCUGAUCGGUGUCACGGGUGGUCUGGCAGCACCGUUGCUCGCGGCCGGCGUUGGCAGCAUGAUGGGCGGCCUCGGCCUCGGGGCAACUGCCACUGCAGGAUACCUCGGAGCCUUGGCAGGCUCGGCGCCGCUCGUCGGUGUGCUCUUCGGCGCCUAUGGUGGUCGGAUGACGGGUAGGAUGGUGGACGAAUAUGCCAAAGAGGUGGAGGACUUCGCCUUUCUGCCCAUCAACAAGCCCUCCCUGUUUCAACGGGGUAAGCAACACGAAGACAGGAACGCCCGACACCUCCGAGUGGCCGUGGGAAUCUCAGGCUGGCUCGCGGAGGAGGACGAGGCCGUCCUCCCCUGGCAGGUCCUCAGCGGACAUAGCACUGAGGCCUUUGCGCUGCGCUGGGAGCUGAAGGCGCUGCUCCGCCUGGGCCACGCCAUCAACACGUACAUCAAGAGCUACGCCUGGAGCUUCGCCAAGAAGGAGAUCCUGAGCCGCACCAUCUUCGCCUCCCUGGCCUCGGCACUCGUCCUGCCCUACGGCCUGGCUAAGGCCUCUCGCAUCAUCGACAACCCGUUCAGCGUUGCCAUGUCGCGAAGCGAAAAGGCUGGCGUCGUCCUAGCCGAUGCGCUCAUCAACAAGGUGCAGGGCGAGAGGCCUGUGACGCUCAUGGGGUACUCGCUCGGCGCGAGGGUCAUCUAUUCGUGCCUGACUGAGCUGGCGAACCGCAGGACAUUUGGCCUGGUUGAGUCGGUCUGCCUGAUCGGCGGGCCGGUCCCCUCUGAUCCUCUUCUCUGGCGCCGGAUCCGGUCUGUGGUGGCCGGCAGGGUGAUCAAUGUGUACUCGAGCAAGGACUACCUCCUCGCCUUCCUGUACCGCGCCAACAGCCUGCAGUACGGAAUCGCCGGCCUGCAGGCGAUCCCCGACGUGGGGGGCAUUGAGAAUGUCGACGUGUCUGAUCUCGUCCUCGGGCACACCCAGUACCGCUUCCUGGUUGGCUCAAUCCUGCAGGAGCUGAAUCUCGAGGACAUCGAUGCCGCCGCCGUCGAGCAGCAGCUGAAGAAGCUGAAGCGCCAGGAGAAGGAGGAGGAGGCGGCGCGGGAGAAGAGCAAGGGGGAGAGCAGGUCUGCGGAGGAUGAGGCUGAUGAGAUGGAACGAGAUGUUCAACAAAGGACCGAUGGCAUUCAUGAUGAGAAGCAAUUGCGCAAUGAUGCAGAGCAGUGA